GUCACCUGAUUCUCCGGGUCCACCCUGUGUUGUGUAGUCGGCAGCUAGGCUAGUUGUUGUAGUUAUAGCAUGAAUGGUUGCAGUAUAAUAUAAUCACAUGUUAGCUAUUCGUGUAUUUCGCUAUUUGCUUCUCAGUUAAGGUAAAAGAGUCGAGAGGAAGUUCCUCUUGUACGCCCUGUACGGCUGGCGGUGGUGAAACCUGGGUAGCUGUUUAGCCAUGUCCCUUUAGGAUAACUACGUCGUUAGUCUGUUUUUAUCUGUUCAUUACUCCUUUACGGAUAGCGUGUUAAGGCAAAACAAGGUCAGUUCAACAAUGGCUUCAAUUCUUGACGAGUAUGAGGACUCGCAAAACACCAGGCAAAGUGCGCAGCAGCGUAGCCGCUUGUCUUCUGCAAACAUCGGCUUAACUCAUUCAGGUUUUGUAAAUGUGAGACUGGAGGAAGAGAAGCCGAUAUUCAACAAGCAGAGGAUCGAUUUCACCCCCCCUGAGAAGAUAAACCAUCUCGCAGUCUGCAACAAUCAGCUGUGCAUGAGUCUGGGAAAGGACACUCUGCUGAGGAUUGACUUGGCCAAGCCUGAUCAGCCCAAUCAGACUGACUUAGGAAGGAAAGAUGAAAGCAAAGUGCACAAACUGUUCCUGGACCCCACUGGCUCCCAUCUGCUGAUCAGCUUGAGCACCAGCGAGUGUCUGUACCUCAACAGGAACACCCAGAAAGUGCGCAGUCUGUCCCGCUGGAGAGGCCACCUCAUCGAAAGCAUCGGCUGGAACAAGCUGCUGGGAAACGAGACCAACACAGGACCCAUUCUGGUUGGCACCAGCCAGGGCAUCAUCUUUGAGGCGGAGAUCUCUACAACUGAGGGCAGCCUUUUCAACACCAAUCCAGAUCAGUUCUUCAGACAGGUCCACUCCCUGGAGGAGGAUGGGAAACCUGCACCAGUCUGCUGCCUGGAGGUGGAGCGGGGCCUGGAGAACAAGUACUUCAUCAUUGCCACCACCCGCAAACGCCUGUUCCAGUUCGUGGGGAAGGUGGCUGAGGGGUCCGAGCAGCAGGGCUUCAGCUCCAUCUUCAGCCAGAACCAGGACCUCCUGCCCAGUUUCCAGGAAUUCCCCGCCAACAUGGGCUACAGUGAGAUCACCUUCUACACAUCGAAACUCAGAAACUCCCCCAAGGCUUUUGCCUGGAUGAUGGGAAAUGGAGUUCUUUAUGGUCAGCUGGACUAUGUCAGGCCUGAUUCCCUGUUGAGUGAUGUGCAGGUAUGGGAGUACACCCCGGACAUUGAUCUAAGUGUCAACAAGCCCAUCUCCAUUGUGCUGACUCAGUUCCACUUCCUGCUGCUGCUCCAUGACAGAGUAAAGGCCAUCUGCACCCUGAAUGGACAGGUGGUUUAUGAGGAUGUGUUCCCAGAUAAAUUUGGCACCCUUAAGAGAAUGAUCAAAGACCCAAUUGGCGGCUUGGUGUGGAUUUACACCGAGCGGGCGGUUUUCAGGUACCACGUCCAGCGCGAGGCCAGGGACGUGUGGCAGAUGUACAUGAGCAUGAGUAAAUUUGAUCUGGCUAAGGAGUACUGCAGAGACCGGCCUGAGUGCAUGGACAUGGUGCUGGCCAAGGAGGCAGAGCACUGCUUCCAAAACAAACGUUACAUUGAGAGCGCUAAAUGCUACGCACUGACUCAGAACUACUUUGAGGAGAUCGCGCUCAAGUUUAUCGAAGCCAAACAAGAAGAAGCCCUGAAGGAGUUCUUGCUGAAGAAGCUGAAUAAUUUGAAACAGGGUGAGAGAACGCAGAUCACCCUGCUGGUCACCUGGCUUGCCGAGCUCUACCUGAACCGACUCGGCCAGCUGGAGAGCGACGGCAACAGCCUCGUUUUCCAGGAGACCCGCGAGGAAUUUCGCAACUUCCUGAGCAACUCCAAGCACAAAGAGUGCCUGUACAACAACCGCAGCACCAUCUACGACCUGCUAGCCAGCCACGGCAAUGUUGAUGACAUGGUUUACUUCUCAGUUGUUAUGCAGGAUUACGAGAGAGUAAUAUCCCACUACUGCCAACACGACGACUACAGUGCCGCUCUGGAGGUCCUCUCUAAGCAUUGUGAUCAAAAGCUUUUCUACAAGUUCUCCCCGGUCCUCAUGCAGCACAUUCCCAAAAAAGUGGUGGAUGCAUGGAUUCAAAUGGGCAAGCGACUGGACCCAAAGAAGCUAAUCCCGGCUCUGAUGAACUACAGCCAGAUGGGAAGCACCCAGCAGAUUAACGAAACCAUCCGCUACAUGGAGUUCUGUGUGUACGAGCUGACAGUGACAGAGGAGGCCAUACACAACUACCUGCUGUCUCUUUAUGCCAAGUAUAAGUCAGACUCUUUGCUCUGGUAUCUGGAGCAGGCAGGAACACAUGCCUCAGAGAUCCACUAUGACCUGAAGUAUGCCCUCAGACUGUGUGCAGAACAUGGCUACCUCCGGGCCUGUGUCCUGGUUUAUAGAAUUAUGGAGCUGUACGAGGAGGCGGUGGAUCUUGCUUUACAAGUGGAUGUAGACUUGGCCAAGUCCUGUGCAGACCUGCCUGAGGACGAUGAGGAGCUGAGGAAAAAGCUUUGGCUUAAAAUUGCUCGGCAUGUGGUGCAGGAGGAGAAAGAUGUGAAGAAAGCCAUGAACUGUCUGUCCAGCUGCAAUCUGCUCAAAAUUGAAGACAUCCUGCCCUUCUUCCCAGACUUUGUCACCAUAGACCAUUUUAAGGAGGCUAUCUGCAGCUCCCUGGAGGAGUACAAUCAGCACAUCGAGGAGCUGAAGCAGGAAAUGGAGGAGGCCACAGAAAGCGCUAAACGUAUUAGAGAAGACAUUCAGGAAAUGAGGAACAAAUAUGGUGUUGUGGAUUCCCAAGAAAAGUGUGCUGCUUGUGACUUCCCAUUACUCAACAGGCCCUUCUAUCUAUUCCUGUGUGGCCAUAUGUUCCACUAUGACUGCCUCUUCCAGGAAGUGACCCCUCAUCUGUCGGUUUAUAAGCAAAGUCGUCUGGAAGACCUGCAGAAAAAGCUGGCUUCAACCACACAAUCCUCCAAGUCACGCCUCCGCACAGUGACGAAGGACGAAGGAGACACCUCCAGUCUUGGAAAAGGCAAUGCAGGCACAAGCCGUGAGCAGAUCAAAUCUGACAUCGAUGACAUCAUUGCGUCAGAAUGCGUUUACUGCGGCGAUCUGAUGAUCAAGACCAUCGACAAACCUUUUAUUGAUCCACAGAAGUUUGAGGAGGAGAAAUCCAGCUGGUUAUGAAUUAGACCUCCUCAACUUUUAUUGUGAAAAGACAAGACAGCCCAUCAUUUAUACGUCAAAGAAACUGCAUCAUCAGUAGUACUGACUAGUUCAGUGGAAACAGACUUAACCUGAUUGCCUGUUGGAAGUGCCUACUGCAGAAACCUGCAUCAGCUUCAGUUGUAUACACUUUUUUUGCUGGCAGUAUUUGAGGCUCAUUUAAAGACCUUUGCACUUUGUACAGGAAUGUGAAGUAGACAGUUGGAAUUAUUGGCAAUGGUACAAGAUGGUCGGGGGGGUGUAAAGAAUAGCAAGGGUUGUACAGUGUGUACAAUGUGCUGGAUCCUCUAAUUAAUAUGGCAGAAAAGGAUUUGAAAGCUGUAAUCGGAUAUAACUGCACCAAACAACAAUUAACUCAUUAGGUCAUGCACUUAUUUUGUCUUUUGGAAACAUAACCUGCACUUAGACCAUUUCUGUGAUUUCUUUGCUCAGUUCAUCUGCUCUUUUGUGUAGCUCUGUGUUCAUCUUCCAGUGAAUAAGGGGCAAAUAAGGAACUGCAUUUAUUCAUCCAUUCAAAAUUCAACUGUGGCCAAUUAAGGCUUGUCAGUAUUGAUCGACUGUUUAUUCUGGUUGUUUGAAGUGUAAUAAAUAUCUCACAAAUGA